AUUCUGUGUUUUUUUUCCUGAAUUUAAAUGAUCAUAAACAAACACAAAGUAAUAUUUUCAUUUUGGUUGUUUUGAAUUUUGAUAUAUUUUUGGUCCUACUAGAAUAAUAAUUGCUCGAGAAAGAUUUAUACUUUGAUAUAUUUUGCUAAAAUGCAUCGAGUUGUAAAGGGAAUCUCGUUGUCUCGACAGCUUCUACAUACCGGGAACUUGCACACAACGGCUGCUAAAUAUGAUGCUCAAAAUACAGAAAAAACAAUAAAUCAAGUUACAUUGUUGGGAAGAGUUGGCGCUGACCCCCAAAAACGUGGCUCAGAAGAACAUCCAGUCAUAAACUUCCCACUUGCGACCCACUUCAGUUAUAAAUAUGAAUCUGGUGAUAUGCUGCAGAGGACAGAUUGGCACAGGGUCAGUGUUUUCCGACCUGGUUUGAGGGACACAGUAUACAAGUAUCUCAAAAAAGGGCAACGAGUGUAUGUCACAGGCAAAUUAUCCUAUGGUGAAAUAAAACUAGAUGAUGGCCAAGUGCGAACAGCCUCUACCGUUAUAGCCGAUGACAUAAUUUUCUUUCAAAGUCAACCGCAAAACACAUAAACUGGUAAUAAUAAUUAUGCUGUUUUUGUAUAUGUUUAACUGUUAAGAAUCUUUUAGUUUGCUACAUAGUCUGUAAGAUAAAAUAAAUGUGAUUCAGAUUGUUGUACAAAAA